AUGAACUCGACAUCAUCACACACCGAGCACUUCACCAGUAUCUCUCAGCUACUCUCAUCAACUCAAACUCAAAAUGGCCUCCACCGACAAGACCAUCGUUCUCAUCACCGCAAAACAGGCGCCAACAGCGGCAUCGGUCUCGAAACCAUCGUCACCAUCUCCAAGUCCUCCCCUAAUUACCACCUCCUCCUCGCCGCCCGCUCCCUCGACAAAGGCAACGCCGCCCUCGCCAAAAUCCAAGCCGAGCACGGCGCUGCUCUCCUAUCCCCCGUCUCAGUCGUCAAGUUGGACGUCACCUCCCUCCCCACUAUCGAAACCACCGCAUCAUACAUCGAAUCCACCUUUGGCCGCCUCGAUGUCCUGAUCCAAAACGCGGGUGUCAUCGUCUACCGCCCUUGCUCCACCCUCGAAAACCUCCGCGAGACGUUUGAAACAAACACCUUUGGCCCGAAGGUCCUGACGGAGGCAAUGCUGCCGCUGCUGAAAAAGUCGAGGAACGCGCGCGUGAUUUAUGUGAGCUCGGUGCAGGGGAGUAUCACUUUCAAGCUGGACCCGGAGUACGAGUACAAACACACGAGGGGGAUCGAGUACAGGAUGAGCAAGGCUGCGCUGAAUAUGCUGGCGGCUUGCGACCGGUAUGACUUUCGGGAGUGGGGCGGGAGGGUGACUGCUUUUAAUCCUGGGUUUUGCGUGACCAACUUGACUGGGGAGGACGGCAGGAAGCAGAGGGUGGAGGCGGGGGCUAGGUCGGCGGAGGAUCCGGCAAGGGCUUUGCUUGAGGUGUUGGAGGGGAAGAGGGACGGGGAUGCGUGGGAGGAGAAUGGGAUGUUGGAUUUGGAUGGGGGGUUAUUCCUUGGUGAUUGA